GUUUUUUCUGCCAUGCCUAAAGAUUGUAAAGAUCUUUGUGAAGAAGGACAAACUACUACAGGGGUGUAUGAUAUAUACCCCUACAGAACAUUAACCAUUCCAAUAAGUGUCUACUGCGACAUGACCACAAUGGGCGGUGGAUGGACGGCAAUUCAGAAACGCGUAGACGGAUCCGUGAGAUUUAACAGGACCUGGACGGAAUAUAAAAAUGGUUUUGGUUCACCAGCACAGAACGUCUGGAUUGGGAAUGACGUAAUCCAUAAAUUAACGAAAGAAAACACCUCAUCCCUGUAUGUGUCCAUCACUCUCCAGGAUGGUACAACUCUGUAUGAAAUGUACGACCGAUUCUCUGUCUCCGACGAAGCAGGAAAAUAUCAGCUCUUUCUUGCAGGACCUGCCACUGGAACUUUAGGAGACAGUAUGUUGAACACCGGUUAUUCUGGUGGUAAUCUGUAUGGGAUGUACUUCAGUACCCCAGACAGAGACAAUGACGUAGGUGCUGGUAACUGUGCUGCUCUCAAGAGAGGAGGCUGGUGGUUCAAUGACUGUCACCAGGCCUUCCUUAACGGUCCCUGGUCCCCGGGAGACUGGUCCUGGCCAUGGUAUCCCACAGUAAGGAGUGGGACGUCAGUGAAGGGGACCACCAUGAUGAUCAGACGGAACUAGACGAAAGAUCAUCCAUGGAUUACGGAAACACCCAAGAGAAGAUUUUAAAUUAAUUUUUAUCGCUGAGUUCUUUUUUUUAAUAUUUAACAUCAAGUAACAAACAGUAAAAGAAGGUGGUUGAACGGCUCUGUAAAGCGAUACUGGAUGUAUUCAGUAAAAGAUGUAUUUUAUAUGUGUUGUAAUAAAUUUGAAAA